CGUAAUGAACCUCAACGGAGGAUCUUUCAUGUACCGCAUGGCCACCUGCCACCUCAACAUCACUUUCCUGUGUCUCGGUGAAGAAACAUUGAACUUGCCCAGAGCUUGGCCAUUUAUCGUGAGGUACUCAAAACGGAAUUCCACCGAACUUGAACCAAUUCGAGCUGGCUAUCCUGAAUUGGUCUUUGAAAGGCGUGGGAUCAGUGGACAGCUACUCUCUUCUGCACUCGUUCAUGAUGUGGAGGACUGUGCUCUCUCCUGCAUGGACGACGAGAGCUGCAUAUACUUCAUUUAUAUCUACCGGGCUCCGUUCAGAGGUUUAUGUCUCAUCCACAUACAAAUUCCUAGCUAAAUUUCACCCCGUUCAGAUUUUGUUUCUCUUUUUCUCAACAAACCGUAAACGCGGACUCGGCUCAGGUCAAGUAAUC